GGAAGGCGGCGUGGAAGCAGAAGAGCGCGGCCAGGAAGGCAAGCAGCUUGCAGCCCAGCGCGCCCGGCGGCGCCCCCGCCGCGGCCGCCGCACGCCGCGCAGCCAGCAUGACGGCCGGGAGGCAGGCGAGCGCGCGCAGCCCGUCGGCCAGGCACAGGUCGAGCAGCAGGGCCUGUGGGGUCACCUUCUCUUCCUCUCUUCUGCCACCCCAAGUCGUCUGUGUUGCGUGUCAUGCAGUGGGAGAGCACCUUGGUCCGGACCUCAAGCUACCCACGUUCUAGUCCCGCCUCUGUCAUUUCCUAGAGCUGUGGCCUCGGAUCCCUCCCUGGUGCCACAGCAGCUGAGUGCGCAUCAAAUCUGAAGAAAAUCUACACAGUACAGACAGUACAGAUAUUCUGGAGUGUAUACAAUAAUAUCCCUCCUGUGACUAGCCUGCCUUUGAGAUGCAGUUAUCAUUUAAUGAGAGGAGAGAGGCGACCACUUUGGGAAGAGGAGAGUAAUGCAAAGGGCGGCGUAUGGAAGAUGAAAGUCCCCAAGGACAGCACGUCCACAGUUUGGAAAGAGUUGCUGUUAGCAACCAUCGGGGAACAGUUCACAGACUGUGCUGCAGCAGAUGAUGAAGUAAUAGGAGUUAGUGUCAGUGUUCGGGACCGAGAAGACGUCGUCCAAGUCUGGAAUGUAAAUGCCUCUUUAGUGGGUGAAGCGACUGUUUUAGAAAAGAUCUAUGAACUUCUGCCCCACAUAACUUUUAAAGCAGUAUUUUAUAAACCCCAUGAAGAGCAUCAUGCUUUUGAAGGUGGACGUGGAAAACACUAAUUGCACUCUGUAAAGAAUUCUUUGUCCUUUGCUGAUUGGUUUUGGAAACGGUCUUAACAGGAGGGAGAGUGAAGAGAAGACUUGCCGAAGCCGAUGCUGGUCAAUUUAGAGUGGGUUUCUGUCCUUGCAGAUGGGCAAUUAGGACUCAAAGUGGCAGGUGGGGUGGGGGGAGAUUGUGUGGGUUUCUACCGUCACAUUACUUGCUUUUUUAAAAACAUAAAAACAACAAAAAAAAACCAUUUUUUUGGCUAAAUUCUCUGUUCUUUUCACUCUGAAUUUUUUUUUUGUGCCCUUUAAAAUCCCUUAUUCAGCCUAAUUAUUGUUUUCUACACUCCCCUUUCAUUGAGGCACAAGAAAUUGGUUUCCCUUUAAGUAGCUCUGCUGUACCUAGUUAAUGAGAAUAUGCAUAAUCAUGACAAUACUGCUUUUGAAUACCACACUGUACAAGGAGGAAUACUAGCAUGGAGAAACCUGUCUUCUGAUUAUGUGUUGUGACACAUUCCUAUGUACUGUGAGCUGGGCAUUGUUUUUUUCUGUCCCAGGGAAAAGAAAAACCAUACUUAAUCUGAUUUUGCACUGACUGCACUCAAAUCUUUAAUUUUCCUUUUUGAAAACUUUUUUUUUUAGUGAUAAAAGGAAAAUAAUAGUUGGAUUGCCUAACAUGAAAACUAUAAUCACAAUUCAGUAUCAGGAUAUAAAUCAAGCUCUAAGUCUUUGGACCCUUUGUAGAAACAUUUCUAACCCGAAUUUUAAUUUGGCCUUUUCAACCAAAGGCUUAGAAUGGUAGCAAGGGAUUUCUCCCAAUAGGAAACCUGAUGUUUCUGAUUUAAAAAGAAGGUGAUAUUUUAAUUGUUUGGAUUAAGCUCCUUGCAAAGUUUGGGUGUGUUUACCCACUUAGGGCUUUCCCAGUCAACGCUAACACAUUUUGUUAAAUGAUCCCUUUCCCUGCUCACGUUGUGUGUCAUUUCUCAUCAUCAGUAGUCCUCCAGCCUGAGCAGCUGUCCCCACCCUUUUUCAUGUAGGUGAAGGAAGUUACAUCUCAUUUCCAGGAUGCAUGUGAACAUUUACAAAGUUGGACUUUGAGUGCAUUCAGCUCAUGUUAGUUAUUGGGAUUGUUGAUAUAUAUUGUAUUAUGCUACCAAAGAAAUACUGGUUUUAUUAGAAGGACAUGGUCAUCCUCUGGACCAUGGAGACUUGCUCAGAAUACGCCGAUUUCCCUCUCCUGACUUUGCCAAGCCUUGGGCUGCUUUUGCCUGAUAAAAGGCAGAGCCAUUCAAAGACACUUCCCCCAGUCGACUUGUUUGUGGAGUCACAGGAGCUAGUGUCCGCUCACACAUUUUUCAAAAGGGCAGUGCACUCAGAACUUCACCGUACCUGGGAUUUUUAAUUCCUCUUGCAGUGUUGACCAGCAGAGAGACUCGAGGCUACUUUAAGCCUCCACUAUGUUUUUGUAGAUAAAAAUCUCCAUUCAAACAUUUUAAAGGACUUUGAACAUUAUCUGUUUAUAGAAGUCGUGCCCUUCACUUGGUUAGUAACCACCUCAGCUGUAAUACUUAUCAUCAUAGGUUUUUUAAAAUGCUUUUUUUUUUUUUUUGCUAAACUUGAGUUUCCUUAGUGAUUUCAAAAUAAAGUAUGAGAAUAUCAGAUUCCAUUAGCAAAAGCCUGGGACUUGUUUCUCCAAACAUUGUACUAACAUUCAACUUGUUUUAAAAUUAUGACUCAAGAAUUCUAAAAAAUUAUUCUGGACAUGAAUUAAACUCUUUUUAUAAUAUAAGUAUUUUUCUGAUAGAUUAGAAAAAAGGAUCUAAUUGACUUCACUAUAAUUGUCAUAUAUAUUUCCAUAAGUAAAUGGAUUUUGAAGUAUUUUUAUUUUUUGAACUUUAUUUAAAGCAUGUGUGAUGACAUGUUCAACUUUUGCAUGUAUGUAGCCUUUGAAGUAAAAAUAAAAUAAAUAGGAAUGUUAGGCUCAUGUUAAUAUUUCUAGUUUCUGUUUAUGAUCAUGGAACAUGACUAGCACACAAAGUAGAUUUUUGCCCCAGUGAACUUAUGCAACUGUUUCUGACCCUUUAGAAAAUACCAACUGUGAGAAGGAUUUAAUUUGCCUAAUGUUAAAAACCUAUCAUCUAAAUUACUUUCAGAGAGGAUUUUGUCAGAUUUUGGUUUGGAAAUUGUUUUAAUUGAAUAUUUAGUCAUAAUAGACUUUGUAUGAACUAAGCUGAUUUAAUCAGUUUAAAAACCUCUCAUUACCUUCUUAGAUUAAAGAAGCUAAUACUCUUUUGAGAUAGAAGGAAAUAUUUUGUGGGACAUGUGACUUUUGUGUUAAGGCAGUUUACUCAUCUUGGCCGAUGUGGAGAAAGUGCAAACUUCAGUAGAAUCCCGGUCUUUUCAUCCAAGUGCUUGCAGGUACAGCGUUGUACUCUGCAAGGAACCAUACAGAAACCAAAGAGCUUGCUUUUCUGUCUUUGUAAUUCCUUAGGGUCUGUGAUAUAUGCCAGGAAAUCUGAUUGAAUCUAAUAUGCUUUUUAUUCUCCCAUUAUUCCCUAAAUUGUUAUAUCAUAGGCACUUGCCUACAUUGGGAAAGUAAGAACAAAUAAUGCCCAUUUAAAGUAACUUGCCUGUAUUUUGACUGUCUUUUGUAAGCACUUGCUGAACUGCUGACUUAACUCAGUUUUAAGAUUUCCUCUUUCCCCCCAGUUUUUCCACAUUUCUUAAAUGAGGAGGGUACAAUUUACUGCAAACAUGUACAUUUAAUGUAAUAUUUCUGUUAGAUUCGUGGUACACUUUAUGAAUCAAAAACAUGAAAAGGAAAACACAACUUUAAUAAACUUUAAAUUAAAGAUUGACUCUCACCCCUCUUCUUGAAUUUAGCCCACGUCUACACCACGCACACAGGCACAGGACUUUAUAGCUUAGAAACUUUAGAUAUAAUUGGGUCCUAUAGACAUAAUAUGCAGUCCACCAACUGAGCCUUGGCCGAACUUGUCCCCUAUUAAAGACGUAGGGCUAGCCAGCCACAGAGCUGGGCAUUGAAGUGGGCAAAUUAUAUCCUGGUGCAGGCGUCCUUAAAUGGAGAGUACUCAGGAUCUGCCAGCCUUAACCUGCCCACUGGCCACCCUAAUCAAGCACUAAAUAUCGGAUCCAAUCUGGCCACUGAUGUGACUCCGUAAUCAGACAUCUUCUUUGUAAACAGCUCCUCCUUCUCUCCCUCUCCUUCUCAGAGACAGAGGUGGUGCUGGGGUUUGGAGUUUGAAAAUAACCUUCCUAUGACAGGAAGUGGGCUUUUGCUGUUAGUUGCCCAACUCUUAGAGGAUCCCAACUUGUGUCUUUAGACAAAACUGACAGCCUUUGGAACGAUCACAUGGUGGCGCUGCCUUCCAGCCAACAGUUCUGGCUCAGCAGCAGAAUUUAUCCAGCUAUGUUUGUGGAAUUCUUUUACGAUCCUACUGCAUUUUGCUCCUAUGCUUUUAUAAAAAUUUGACGAGAAAAUGUAAAAAUGAUACUUGGCAAUAAGGCAUUUAGCUUUCAUGCACCUAAUAAAAAUGUGUCAAAGCUAGAUCGCUCCAGAUGUGCUUAAAAUAUCUCAAAUCCUAGGCUCUCAUUGGGCUUAUAAGUGGUUGGGAAGAAAAAGAAUAAAAUAAACUUACAUAUAGGAGAUAUGGAAAAUAUUUCAUCAAAUAUUAUGCCCAAAGAGAUAAAAUUAGGAGUUGAUUUUUUUUUUUUUUUUUUUUAGCUCUCUGAAUAUGGAAGUUCCCUUUAAAAAUGUAAUUCUACCCUUCACCUUCUCUACAUUGUAUGUUUCUGUAAGAUUUUACUCAUUACAAAUGAAAGUAGAGGACUGCCUGUGAACUGUUUAUUUCUGAAAAGAAUAUAUUGAGAUCAGUUAAAAUUACUCAAGAGUUUGGUGACUCAGGAUUGUAAAAGCCUGGAUCUCAACAGCUGGGAGGAGUCAGAGGGUGACAUGGAAAAAAAUAGGGACUGAGGGGCAAUGAGAAGUCCCUUUGAACCUGUGGUCAUGUGUAGCAAUUAGAGUGGGUUGCCCCUCUACUUCUCCCAAGAAGAAAUCCCAAAUAGAUUCCUUUCAUGUCAGAUUAUACUGUUUUGAUUUUAUUUUCUAUUAUUUUUACAUAUACAUCCAAAUCUAAUCAUACUUAUUCAGAUUGACCCACUGAGACCAAAAGUCACUAUCUUGUGUUCUAGAAAUUCUUUCAUGCUGCUGACAUGAAUCCAUUUUUAAAAGAAAACUCAGGGACUCUUAGAAUUUUAGAGUGGAAGGGACCUUUGAGAUCAUCUACCAGUGCUUCUCACCCCUUAGCAUUCAGCAAAAUCACUCAGAUACUUACUUAUUAUGCACAAUUCUUGACCCCAGCACUAGAAAUCUGGGAGGAUAUCUGCAUAUUUAACAAGUACCCUAGUGAUUCUAAUGCUGAUGGUGCUCAGAUCACUCUUGGAAAACCUCUGAUUUUAUCCAACUCCCACAUAUAACAAAUGAGGAAAGCCUCCCAACCCUAAGCUCUGUCAGGUGGCCUGAUUCCAAUGGAUGAUACCAACAAUCUUAUAAAGGCUGGAGAAAGCCAUUAAUACUGAGACUUGAGUAGAUGAUGCUCGUAAAUAAGAACUUUAUGGCUGGGACCACAGCAGUCAUAGGAGCCCAUCCCUGGAAGUCCAUAAUAUAAAGCCUUUAAUACAGAGUGGUGGUUUUUCUCUUUUCUAAAUACCAUUUCAGCCUGUUAAGAGAAAAGAAAUUAAUGUUCGGAAAAGUAGUUACUCCAUAUGUGCAGUAACUACUUUUCUAUAAUGUCUUACGGCAUCUGGGGUUCAGCAUCAUUGAACAAGAUUAAAUGAACGUUAUAGAGCUAUAAAAUUGCAUGUAAAAUAACGCAAAACUGUUCAAAUGACUAUCAAAGUAGCCUGGGAAUGAAUUUCCACUAAAAUUAAUUGUCACUUUCAAAACGUACCUUAGCAAAGCUGUUACUAAACGGGAGAGAUCCGUUAAUACAUAGAAAUGUCAAAAAAAAUCAAAUAAGUAUUCCCUAAACGAUGUGAGUGAUAAGCAAAAGUCAUUGCGAAGUCAGUAUUUUUUUGUUCAUCAUUGCUACUGAAAUUUAGAGUUCCAUUGUAUAUGUGUGUCUUGAGUGUACCUUAUUAGAAUAUCCAAUACAAUAGCUUUUGGAUAUUCUAUGCUUUUGUGUCCUUCAGAAAUCAUGAGAUUGAAGGAAUCUGUGUUAAAUGUUUUUGUUUUGGUUGCUGCCUGAAAAGUUACCAACUCAUUUAGUGAAAUGUAAGAUUUCUUUAUGAAAAUUUCAAUUUCUAAUAUCGAAGUCAGAUAAUUUUUCUUGAAAUUUUAUUUUGGAACAGAUGUUUAUUUCUGAUUUAUUGAAGUGUCAACUUUGCAUUAUA